CCAGUCACUCACCCGAGUACCCUUCGGGUUGCGGACCGACCCUUCAGCCACCCCUUCAAAAGCUGAGCGGGCCUGCUCUUGACCUUCGCUGUUUCGGCACCGUCAGCGAGUAUCGGUUAUUGGAGAUCGUGGAUUGGCAACAGUAAACGCUACCCUGCAUCCUUUUCAGCACCCCCAAUGGACGUGAGGAAGGUCUUUCCCUCUUCCCUCUACCGCAAAAGUAAGCGCGACCAGUCCGCCAACGCAGGCGUUGCCUCGUCACCCCCUCAAAAUGCCGUCACCUCACCGGUUCAGAAGCCCACGAUGCCCAUCACCAUCCCACGCCGAAAAGCUGUGCGGCCACCUCCCUGCUCUCCCAUUCGCCAACAACCUUCACCGGACAUCGUCUUCAACUUCGACUUCUCGUUCUCGCCGUGUUCGUUCCAAGGUCAUGGCCAGAUCAUUGCGCGGAAGGAUGACUGGGCGCCGCAAACACAGUUCUUGCAGCAGCGCGGCCGCACGAGCAUUCUCCUCGCUCAACAGUGCCACCAGCAGCAGAAAGCCCUCUGCGGCCUGACCCGUCGCAGCUCCAGCACUCGGCGCGGCGCCGAGGCACUGUACUGCAGCCAGCCCCUGCGCCACGGUCUCCUCGCCCAGGCACUACGGACGAACGAGCGCGCAUAUAGCCAGGGUCCGGGCGGUUAUAUGGAGGAUGAAGCGUCAGAGGACCUCACGAAUUGCGACAGGGAUAUCGUCGAGUCUGAGGAGCUGGCGUCGGCUUAUGCUUCCCCGGUGUCGUCGGGAUGCUCCUCAGUUGUGUUCGCUGCCCCUCCUCGCGACGCCCCGAGCCCAGGCAAGCGCCGCCGCUACGAGGACGAGGAAGAAGGCUUCGCUGACCCCGGUCUCACGUCCGCGUUCCAACGUUCUGUUGGCUCUGCGUCUGUCUCGGCCCGGAGCACUUCACCCGUCCCCUCGUCUUUCAGCUCGCCCGCCCCUCCCAUGUUGCCCGCGCUGCCCUCUCCUCCGACUACCUCUCGCACGCCCUCUGCACCUUCCUCUCCGUCGUUCCGCCGCCCUCUGCGUCCCCUUUUCCCCCACAAUCGCUCUAGCAUGCACCUGCGUACCGCCGCAGAGCCCGUCGUCUGCCUUAAGGUCGCGGAGGCCGAUCGGCCGGCCCGUACUCGCGGGCGCUCGCCGUACCCGGACACAGGACGAAUGUUUCGUGCACGCCGGACGUCAAGCGUGGGCAGCCGUCCGACUGUCACGACGCUCGGCCGGACGCGGUCGUCUCUGGUCCUCAGCAAUGAGGAGUUGGAGCGCUCAUUGGAGAAGGAGGACCACCGUGAGGAACGGGGUUGCGGCCUGGAGCAUGGGCCGGACGAGAUGGACGAGAAGGAGAUGAUCAGAGGGUGGGAGCUGGAGUACGAGCGCGGGCGGACGCGAGGCCGGACCAGGGGUCGUGGCAUCGCUGUUGCGCGUGCACCCCCGGCGCAUAUGUGAACUGUUCUAGAGUUGAAAAUCGUGCAGGGCAGCGGGUGAUCAUCGGGCGUUUGCAAGUGCGAUGUCUUGCUCCUCGGACUCCCCGUUUGCCUUCGCCGUCACUGACUGGUCUCGGCGACCGGCGAAGCUUCGUGCGCCCUGUAUAUGGCAGCGGCGGCCGUUUGUUGGUCCGUCGAUCCUUGUCCCUCACUUCGUGGAUCCUGGUUUGUUCUGUGUUAUUG